CCGCCGUGAACUUCCGCCGGGUUUCCUGCCUGGAAUGUGAAUGAGUCCAAAUGAAGGUGAAGGAGCCUCCCGUCUGCUCCGUGUUUACCUGAGUCACCAGGACUUCUGUGUUGUUUACAUACACACAGCUCCACGACCGCCUCCACGCAGAGAGGUGAAAUCCACGCGGAUACAAGGAUGAAGGGACUGACGGUUCUGUCUCUGCUCGUCUGGCUCUGCGCCGUCUACUUCGUGGGCAUCUACCUGUUCGUGGGCGGCUUCCUGCUGGUGAGGCUGGAGGUGAACCGGACCAGCGCCUGCGGGGACGUGCUGCAGCCCGGCGUGGAGCCGCUGGACUUCUGCCAGUCCCGGCCUCGGUUCCGCAGGGCUGUGAUCCUCAUCAUCGACGCCCUGAAGAUCGACUUCGCCCGGUUUGACCGAAGCAACACCGCGCCGCGACCCUACGAGAACAAGCUGCCGGUGUUGGAGGAGGCGGUGUCCUCCAGGCCCAGCCAGAGCCGCCUGUACCCGUUCAGAGCAGACCCACCGACCACCACCAUGCAGAGGAUCAAGGGCUUCACCACGGGCUCCCUGCCGACCUUUGUGGAUGUCGGCAACAACUUUGCAUCCAGCGCCAUCUUGGAGGAUAACCUCAUCCACCAGCUGGGACAGAUGGGUAAACGGGUUGUCUUCAUGGGCGAUGACACUUGGGAAAACCUGUUCCCUAAAAAGUUCUACCGCUCUCUGCCUUUCCCUUCCUUCAACGUGAAGGACCUUCACACUGUGGAUAACGGCAUCCUGCAGCACCUCUACUCCACCAUGGUGGGCGAUGACUGGGACGUGCUGGUGGCCCAUUUCCUCGGAGUUGAUCACUGCGGGCACAGGUUUGGGCCCGACCACCCCGCCAUGUCCGACAAGCUCACCCAGAUGGACGGAGUGAUCAGGGCUGUGAUCGACCGCCUGCAGAACGACACCCUGCUGGUGGUGAUGGGAGACCAUGGGAUGACCGACACAGGAGACCAUGGAGGAGAGAGUCAGAAGGAGACAGAUGCUGCGCUCUUCCUCUACAGUCCCUCCGCCAUCUUUCCUGGUCCGCCGUCUCAGGACGAGCCGGAUGUUGUUCCUCAGACGGACCUGGUUCCGACUCUGGCCCUGCUGUUGGGAAUACCGAUCCCGUUCAGCAGCGUGGGGCAGGUCCUGCUGCCUUUGUUUGCGCCGCAUCAGCAGACAGAAGCCGCAGACGGACGCCUCAGCCAGCUGGAGGCGCUGUGGAUCAACACCAAACAGGUGAACCGCUUCCUGGAGACCUACUCCGGUUUGGCCAAAGACAUCGACCCACAGAGCCUCUCUGAGCUGAAGGCUCAGUUCGCCCGCCUCUCCUCAGAGUACCUCAGCGCGCUCAGGGAGGGGCGGGCGCCCUCGCAGCGCCUGGCCUCCUCCAUGCAGGAUUACCUCACCGCCGUCAGGGACACCUGUCGAGCAACGUGGGCCCGAUUCAACCCGGCGAAGAUGGCGGGCGGUUUGGCCGUGUUGACGUUCGCCUGCGUGGCGUGUUUGGUGACGUCAGAGCUGUCCGUGGUGCUGACGGAGGAGAAACGCGCAGCGCUGAAGGCCCCGGCUACCGUGGCCAUAGCUGUCGGAGUCGGUGUCGCCGCCGCUCAGCUGCUGACCCGGGGUUACGCGGAGGCGGCGUGGAGCCUGGCGGCGGGUGCCAUCAGCUCGGAGGUGAUCUUCCUAUGGAGGGCCUGGCGGCUGAAGCGCUCCGCCGUUUUAAAGAACGGAGCCAAAGCUUCGAAGCUCUCCAGGUGGCUCAUCCCGCGCCGCCUCCUGCUGCCGUGGCUCGCCGUGGCGCUCCUCCGCUGUGCCUCCCUGCUCUCUGACAGCUAUGUGAUCCACGAAGGCCGGGUCGUGACCUUCCUCCUGCUCUCUCUGGCGCUCUGCGUUCCCAUCCACCUCAACUGGAACGGCCAUCUUCUGCCUCCGACGCCCGAUCCUCUGAAGUCUGCGGGGCUGCUGCCUUCACCCACUUUAACUCCAGCAGCCAUCAGGAAGGAAAGCGGCACCCUGCUGGGCUGCCUGGGUCUUCUGGUCCUCUGCUCCUACCUGUCGCUAUGGUUUCACGGCUGCAGAGAGGAGCAGGGCCUCUGCCAGCCGUCGCCGUUUCUCUCCCCGCUCUCGCGGCUGCAGGACAACCAGCUGAAGAACAUCUACUACAUUUUAUCUGUCGCCUCUCUGGCUGUUUGUGCGUACCUCCUGAGACUCUGCCUGUGUCACUACGGCAACCUCAACUCCUCUGGGGGUUCCGCUUUCGCCGCUCGGUGGAUUCUGCCGCUGCUUUGUGUUUGCACAGGGCUCCACUGGGCCGUCGGAGCCACGGCGGAGGACGCUUUCCGGCAGCUGGCGGAGCUGAUCCGCACGGCACAGCUGGCCCUGCCCAGAGCCGCCUUCUGCCUGCUGGGGGCGGCGCUGUCCCUGGUCUGGGCGGACCCGCUCACUGUGUUCAUGAAGACCCGGAACGCAGCUUCAUCCAGAAGCUCCGCCCUCCCUCCUCCCCGCUACCGGGCGAGCACCGGCAUCAGCCCGCAGGCCGAGCUGCACCACCUGAUCCCACAGAUCUACCAGCGCAUGCGUCGCUCCCUGGAGGACGGGGAGCUCAGCGGAGGCGGCGAGGACGACAACAGGCCCGCGGUGGAGGCCUACGGACUGGGAACGGUGUACUCCGCUCCGCUGCUGCUGUUCUGCGGCCUGCUGGGAGUCGGGCUGCUGCUGCUGCACCCGGAGGGGAUGAGUCUGGCCUUUCUGCUGCUGCUGCUAGAAAUGGGAGCUCUGCUCCACAUCCACGCCUCCUCCACCACCCUCAGCGGCUCCCCUGGAGCUAACCCGGGUGCUUUUAACGUCCCGUGGACGCCUGUGGUGUUGUGGUCGCUGGCAGCUUCACAGUUCUUCCACGCCACCGGUCACCUGCCCACCUUCCCUUCCAUCCAGUGGGGGGCGGCCUUUGUGGGAUUCCCAGACGGACACGUGGGCACCGUGCUGCCGGCCUCCCUGGUUACCCUCAACACCUUCGCCUCACACAUUUUAUUUGCUGUGGGUUGUCCUUUGCUGCUGUUCUGGCCUCUGGUGCGUGAGGUCAGAGGGAGCAGAGGGGGCCGAGGUUACGGGGAAGAAGGCGAGGACGCCGUGAUGGAAAUGAGACUGAGGGAGAACCCCCAUCAGUUCAGCGCCGCUCUGCUGCAGCUCGCAACACGCUACCUCUUUAUCCUGGGAGCACAGACGUUUUCCUCAGUCUGUGCUGCUGCCAUUCUCAGGAGACACCUAAUGGUGUGGAAGGUUUUUGCACCCAAGUUGAUGUUUGAAGCCUCCGGGUUCCUGGUGAGCAGCACGUUCCUGCUGAUCGGAGUCACGUUAGUCAUCAGAGUCGACGUGGCCGUGGGCCGCUGGUUUAAAAGACUAAUCCCGAGCGUCUCCAGGUAGCACUAAAGCCCACCCUGCCACAAACUGAACCAGAUGUGAGCGGGAAGGAGUUGCACAUAAAAACACCCGUGUUGGACAUCUCCAUAAACACACUUCAUCAAGCUGCCUGGAAAAAACUCUUAGGGCUUCUUUUGUGCACUAUUGGCGGAGGAGGACCUCAGGUCAUUGGACCCUCAACACAAAGGUUGGAGUUUUUUCUGAUGGUCGUUGUCCGGCCUUCAAUGAAUGUUUCUUUUCUGCUCUCUGACUCAUGGAUGAAACUUCCAGCCGCUCAGUCGAGCAUUUCCAACUUUUGACACACUGGUUCUGGUCAGUGGUCUUUACGGCAUGAAUGUUGUAUUCAUUUGGACAUUUAUUGUUGGGUUUUAACAGUUUUUUUUUUUUUUAGUUAGCUGCUAACAUCGCCUCAUUCAGCCUGGUGUGGAGGUUCAGAUUAAUUGUAGAGUUUAUCUAAUCACGACAGCUUGAAUAUUAAACCUUUACACAAACACGGCUGAUACUUGGUGACAUCACACCCUGACAUCAUUAAAAAGGUCAUUGCAUCAUUUAGGUUCGGUUUUCGACAGUUUAUGCUUUCUGAAACCAGUUUUUGUCCAGGUUUAAACCAGUUACAUGUUAACCUCUAUCAUUUAAACCGAUUUUACGCAGCAUUAGCAGCAGAGCAUCUCACAGCAUGACCCUGCCACUGCUUUGCCUUACAGUUGGUGCAGAGAUCCGAGACCCUGUGACCAAACGGCUGAGUGAAAACUGAAAAAUGUUGAUUCUCUCACUCCACCUAAAACCGCUCUAUCUGCGGACACUGAAGCUGAUGAUCAGCUUGGUCCUCUCUAACCGUAUAAAGCAUUUCUUUUUACCUGAGAUGCUUGAAACAUGCAGGCCUUCCAACAGAAUGUUGAUCCCAAACACAAUGAAACAACUUCAGAAAAAGCUGAUAUUCUGCUGUGUGAAUGUCUGCAGCCCAAACCGUUCUGGUAUUCGUUCUUAAUAAAGCCGCAUUGUCGCUGUUUAAAAGAGCACUUCAAAUCCUGCGGAGCAGCUUUGCCAAAUUUCCUGCUGGAAAAAUACUUAUGUAUUUAUAAAAGUGCGGUUAAAAUGUAGAAAAUAAAGACUCAUGCAGGUGAUGAUUGUUUAUUUUCCUCUAACCUGAACACUGAUCCCUGCCUCGGCCAUUAAAGCUGCAGCGUGUUUGUACUGAAAGGUUUCUCCGUUUACAGCCUCACCGCAGCCGUUUACAGGAGCUCGGUUUUUACGAUCCAUCCGUCGACUGAAGGGAUUUCUUAUUUGUUUUCUACAACAUUUUGUAUCUUUUCAGUAUAAAUAACCAGUAAACUGAUUUAGCGCAGCCGCCGCCUCCUAAUCUCUUAUUUUUUUUCACAACGGUUGAACGAAUAACUUGAAUGGUUGUGAAAUACUGACUUUUUUUAAUCGCCAUUUUUAACUUUUUAUUGAUUAUUUUCUGUAAUGUUUGAUGAUUGGUGCAUCAGACGGAGUGUCCGGGUUCAAGCUCAGGUGGAUGACAUCAGCCCAGGAGAUGCUUUUUGAUUGGUGGAGGAAUAAUGGGACGUUUAGGUGUAUUUUAUGGAACUGAUUUGCUUCAGUAUGAAUAGAUGAUGAUUUUACAUACUGUGAAAAUAAUAAUAAA